AGGAGGAGGGACGGUGGGGCUUGUGGGAUAGGCGCUGGAGGUCUGGAGGAGUUGCCGAGCGUCGGUCUUGUUGUGGGGUCGAACCCGCGUCGUGGCGGCUGUUUAGUCGGUGGGACAGACCCGAAGGGCGGUCAGGAUGCCGGAGAGAGACAAUGAGCCGUUUUCAAACCCUCUGGCGCCGGAUUCACACGAGAUGGAAGAUCCUCGGUCACUGAAUCAAUCCAAGCUGACCAAUGAGGACUUCCGAAAGUUGCUGAUGACCCCAAGGUCAACACCAUCAUCAGCUCCACCUUCAAAAACUCGCCAACAUGAGAUGCCAAGGGAGUACAAUGAGGAGGACGAUCCCGCUGCCCGUAGGAGGAAGAAGAAAAGUUAUUAUGCGAAGCUGCGACAGCAGGAGUUAGAGCGAGAGCGUGAGCUGGCCGAGAAGUACCGCGAUCGAGCGAGGGAGAGACGAGAUGGUGUGAACAAAGAUUACGAGGAAACUGAGCUCAUCAGUACGACAGCAAACUACAGAGCUGUUGGACCAACUGCUGAGGCGGACAAGUCUGCUGCAGAGAAGAGGCGGCAGCUGAUCCAGGAGUCCAAGUUCUUGGGUGGUGACAUGGAGCACACUCACUUGGUGAAGGGGCUGGAUUUUGCCCUCCUGCAAAAGGUCCGUGCAGAAAUCACCAGCAAAGAGAGAGAAGAAGAAGAUAUGAUUGAGAAAGUGCAGAAAGAAGUGAAAAAAGAUGAAGAUCCAGAAAAUAAAAUUGAAUUCAAGACUCGCUUAGGGCGCAACACGUACCGUAUUCUUUUUAAAAUGAAGCCCCAAGAGCGAAAUGAGUUGUUUUUACCAGGACGCAUGGCAUACGUUGUGGAUCUGGAUGAUGAAUAUGCAGACACGGAUGUACCCACAACACUAAUCAGGAGCAAAGCGGACUGCCCUACCAUGGAGGCACAAACAACGUUGACCACCAAUGACAUUGUUAUCAAUAAAUUGACCCAGAUCUUGUCCUACUUGCGUCAGGGAACUCGUAACAAGAAGAUGAAGAAGAGAGAUAAAGGUAAAUUGGGAGGUGAUGAGAAGAGACCACCAGAGGCUGAUAUAAGCAUCUUUGAUGACAUUGGCGACUACGUGCCAACAACCGCGAAGGUUGUUCGCGAAAAGGAGCGUGAGAAAUACCGGGAGAAGGAGAGGGAAAGAGAGAGGGAGCGAGAAAGGGAACGCGAACGGGAGAGAGAGCGGGAACGGGAGAGGGAGAGAGAGAGGGACGAAGAGAAAAAGUCCAGACACAAUUACUUUGAAAAGCCAAGAGUGGAUGAUGAGCCAGCAGAAUUGGAGACUGGUCCUGGGUCGGCAAAGGAUCUGAUUAAAUCGAUCAAUGAAAAGUUUACUGGAGCUGGAGGAUGGCAGGGGGCAGAAUCGGCAAAGAGGCAGGAAGAGAAGAAGCGGCUUGGGGAUUUCUUCGGGACAUCAGACAGCUAUGCAGAAUGUUACCCAGCGACGCUGGAUGAUAUGGCUGUUGACAGUGAUGAAGAGGUGGAUUACAGUAAAAUGGAUCAGGGUAAUAAGAAGGGACCCCUUGGGCGUUGGGAUUUUGACACGCAGGAAGAAUACAGUGAAUACAUGAACAACAAAGAGGCAUUACCUAAAGCUGCUUUCCAGUAUGGUAUCAAGAUGUCAGAGGGACGUAAGACCCGACGUUUCAAAGAAACAAAUGAGAAAGCAGAACUGGAUCGACAGUGGAAAAAGAUCAGUGCGAUCAUUGAAAAGAGAAAGAAGUUAGAGGCAGAUGGUGUCGAAGUGAAGAGACCCAAGUACUGAGCAGCAGUGCAGAGAGAAGUUGACUGUUCCUACAUUCCAUGAUUCUGAUUGCUUGUUGGCAUUGAUAUUUGCGUGUGACCUGUCCCAGAUUCUUCCUUAAUGUUUUCUGCCUCAUCGUCAGUGAAGGGCCAGCUAUGGUUCGUCGCAAUGUAGAACUUUUGUAGAGCCCUCACUCAUUCGAUGCUGAUUGCCACAUCUUUAUUUUGAACCAGCUGAUAUUUUUAAGCUUGAAUUGAAUCUGCUUGGCACGCCGUAGGAUGGAGGGGGGGAGUUCUUCGCAAGUUAAUCCAUGAAUUGACUGUGCAGGUUUGGAUUUCUCCACUUUUGCAUUCUUCUCUUUGCAAAUGGUUGCGAUAACCUUCAAAGGAUUAAACCUUUUGAGAUAUUUAAUAGAUUUGA